AUGGACGAGAGCAAUGAGUUACUAAAACUCAUGGUUGAUGCUACCAAUCAUGGAUGGUGUGAUACAAGUGGUUUAUUAAGGAAGCAAACUAUAGAAAAAAGAAUACUUCCCCAUAGCUUUGGAUUUGGAUGGGAUCCUAUAACAAAAAAAUUUACUGCUAGUGAAGAAGUGUGGGAGGACUAUUUUAAGUCUCAUCCUACCCAUAAAAGUUAUCUUACAGACACUUUUGCUAAUUAUGAAGACUUGAGAAUUGCAAUUGGAAAUGGAGCAGCAACUGGGAGACAUUCAAUUGGAUUAGGAGAGGAAACUAAUGCAAGAAUAUUUGACUUAGAAGAAAAUAAGGGUGGUGAUUUAGACAACCUGACAUAUGAUCUCACGACUGAGACAUUCAGACCAAGUGAUAUACAAGAAACUUCACUGCAGUCUCCAACUUUAGGUAACUUUACUUCAUCAUUACCUUUUCAGAACACAAGUUCAGAGGAGGCUUCAUUUACAAUGUCUUAUUCUAAUAUAGACAAAGAAGAAAUAGAAGAGGAAGAGAUGGAAGAAGAAGAGUAUGAAGAAGAAUUGCAAGAAAAAGUUAAAAAAUAUUUGAUAGCUAUUAGCAGUUCUCCAGGUACUACAUGA